AGACAACCAUCUGACAGCGCUGUUCCAUCACCAACUCUUGUUGGUAGAAAAAUAAUUCUCCAUGGCUCUCAAACAACCCUUCAACGUCUUGAUCUUCAGCAAAACCGCAGGGUACAGACACGAAUCCAUUUCUACUGGAAUCACCGCCUUCAGGGACCUAGCAUUGCAAACUGGUCUUUUCACAAUAACAGAUAGUGAAGAUGCUUCACUCUUUGAGCCCUCGAGAUUGUCGCAUUACUCCGUGAUCGUCCUGCUUCAUACCUCUGGCACCUUCCUCAGCGCCUCCCAGCUCAGAGCUUUCCAGGAUUUCGUGCGAUCUGGUGGUGGCGUUCUCUCUAUUCAUGGCGCAGCGUCCGGGAUGCCGUCAUCUUCCUGGUACGGAAAACUGAUCGGCGCGCAUUUUGACAUGCAUCCCGAUGCUGAGCAAGGUUCUCUCAUAGUAUCGAAUAAAUCACAUCCCAUCAUCGAUGACGAGAGGCCUCCAGAGAAAUGGAUGGAUGAGUGGUAUAAUUUCAAGUCGCAUCCAGCCGCAAACUCGAGCCUCCAAAUCUUACUGUGUGGAGACACGAGUAGCUUCAAAGGAGGUAAACACGGCGAUAAUCAUCCACUUGCUUGGUGCCAAGAGUUUGAGGGCGGCAAGAGUGUUUAUAUCGCUUUGGGUCAUUUCAAAGAGGUUUGGGAGAACACAUGGUACAUGGGACUGGUGAAGAGAGGAAUUAUGUGGGCCGCGAGGGGAGCCCUUCAUGUAGAGUGAAUGUUGCAAGACCAGAGAAACGAAUGUGAGAGUCCAAUGUUUAAAAACAUAGAACGUGACGCGCCAAAAUUGACUGAUAUAUCUUCACUGAGA